AUGGGUCAAUCUCAAUCAACUGAGCCAAAUGCUGCAAAUUCUACUGAGCAGCCAUCGGCUCAGAAAACAGAUUACUAUGAACUGCUAGAUGUGACUCGCGCUGCAACUGACGACGAAAUAAAAAAAGCUUACAGGAGAAAAGCGCUCGAAUUACACCCUGAUCGAAAUUAUGGCAACGUUGAAGAGACCACAAGGCUUUUUGCCGAAAUUCAAUCUGCGUACGAGGUGCUUGCCGAUCCUCAGGAACGUGCCUGGUACGACUCCCAUAGUGACGCAUUUUUGGGCUCCAGCGGAGACCCAGAAGAGGGUCAACACUCCUAUAAUAUUCGAGUCACAACUUCCGAUGAGGUUUUGAAGUUCUUUUCCAAAUUCAGCCCUCGGAUGGACUUUUCGGAUGCACCCACUGGUUUCUUUGGUGGCCUUCGUGAGCAGUUUACACAAUUGGCAUUGGAGGAGCGACUAGCGUGUCAAUGGGAAGGUCAAGAAUUUGCGGAAUAUCCAUCCUUUGGAGCUCAAAACGACGGGUUUGAGUCUGUAGUACGCCCCUUCUAUGCCUCAUGGAGUGGGUUUGCUACAAAGAAGUCGUUCGCUUGGAAAGAUACCUAUCGUUACGCUGAAGCGCCAGAUCGUCGAGUCCGACGCUUAAUGGAAAAGGAGAAUCGUCGUCUUCGAGAAGACGGAAUCCGCGAGUUCAAUGAGGCUGUGCGUUCUUUAGUAGCCUUUGUGAAGAAGCGCGACCCAAGAUACCAGGCCAAUGCUCAGAAUGAAGCCCAGCGCCAAGAGUCUCUCCGUCAGUCUGUUGCUGCCCAGGCGGCAAGGUCACGGGCCAUGAAUAAUGCCAAACUACGUGAUCAUAUCGUUCCAGACUGGGCGCAAUCACGGGAACUUGACUUCAGUGAAGAUCAAGAGAGUUCUGAAAGUGAAGUCGAGAGCUUUGAAUGCGUGGUAUGUAACAAGAGCUUCAAGAGUCAGAAGCAAUUCGAGGCUCAUGAACGGAGCAAAAAACACAUCAAGGCUGUUAAACAAAUGUGUCGUGAGAUGCGAAUGGAGAACGAAGACUUAGAUUUGGAGCCGACGACCAGUGUUGAUACCCCCGAUUACGUCAUCAUGGAAGACAGCGAUCAUGAUAAUAACACUGUUACGACCUCGUUUGGCAGACAAGAAGAAGCCACGAUCAGUGAGAAAAUGGAAGAUUCAGACCAUGGAUCUUACCUUGACACUGAAAAACAAACACCAGAAUCAGGCUCGGAUGAGAACGAAGACUAUGCUUCGAGGGAAUCUAUUGAGGCAAGACUUCUCUCGGAGUCUGAUACUGCUCAGGGGGAUCUUAUAGCUCCCCUGGUUGAGCAACUGACCACUAUGGGACUUAGUGACCAACAACCUGUCCCUCAUGUUGGAAAAGCCAAGCAGAAACGAGCAAAGAAGGCCGCCCGGGACGCUGAGCAAACUGAUGGAAUUGUGUGCACUAAUUGCAAGGCUUCCUUCAUGUCGAGAACAAAAUUGUUCGCCCAUAUCAGGGAGAAGCAUGCGCAACCAUUAAAAACUACGAAAAGCAAACGAUGA